GGAGAAACCUCUCGAUCGGUGGUGUAGAUCUGUAGACUAGCGCACAUGGAGUUCACCACAAUCACGGCCUCCACGGCUGCUGAUGGCCGUCCGUGGACGCCGCCGCUGGCAGCUGAUCAUGAGGCUGAUGAGGCCGCGGCGGCGGCGGUGGUGAAGGAGUACAUGUUCGAGAAGAUGGUGACGCCGAGCGACACAGGCACGCUGAACCGGCUGGUGAUCCCGAAGUACCACGCUGAGAAGUGCUUCCCGCUGGACGCCUCCUCCAAUGGCAAUGGCCUCCUGCUGAACUUCGAGGACAGCGCAGGGAAGCCAUGGCGCUUCCGCUACUCCUACUGGAACAACAGCCAGUGCUACGUGAUGACCAAGGGGUGGGCCGGCUUCGUCAGGGAGACGCUCCUCGGGGCCGGCGACACCGUCUUCUUCAGCCGGGGCGUCGGGGAGGCCGCCAGGGGCAGGCUCUUCGUUGACUGGCGCCGCCGCCGCGGCCCCGAUGUGGUGCUGUCGUCCCCGCGCCAGCGAGGCUUCACCCUCCUCUCAGUGGGGAACGAUGGGUUCGCAAUCGCAUGUCCCGACCCACACCUAGAAGGUGAUGGUGUAAAGGAGGUAGAUAAGGCAUAUAUUACGAAGAUAGGGCCAUGGGGUGGAAACAGAGGCAUCUUUAAUGACAUCAACAAGUCACCUCUGCGUCUGAAUAGCGUCACAAUUCGUAGUGGAGAAGUCAUAUAUUCACUUGCCUUUUCGUACAGCGAUAACUAUGGAAAGCAGCACCAUGCAGGUCCAUGGGGGGGUUGCAAAGACUUCUCUUAUGGCAGCUUUGAUACGAUUCAACUAGGACCCUCCGAGUUCCUUACCAAAGUUUCUGGAACGAUUGCUUUCUCUUCCCAAUAUUCUUCCAACGUUAUAACAUCUGUUAUAUUUACCACCACUGCUCGUCAGUAUGGACCUUUUGGAGGAGGAGUAGGAAUUCCUUUUCAAAGUCCAGUGACGAGCAAUGGCAGCAUCGUUGGCUUCUUCGCCCAUGCUGAGUGGGUGGUUGAGUCAAUUGGUCUUUAUGUGAACUCUGAGAGUAAACUCUGGGAACCGACGAAAGGACAGGACUUGGUUACAAAAAUUGGGCCAUGGGGUGGUGAUUCAGGGACGCCUAAUGACCUGGAUGUGUUACCUCGUCGUCUGAUGAGUGUGGUAGUUCAUAAUAGUACUGUGAUCAAUUCACUUACGUUUGCAUACAUUGACUGGGAUGGGCAACAACAGACCGCUGGUCCGUGGGGUUGGACGCCUGAGCCAUUCGACGGGAAAAUUGACACGAUUAUUCUUGGGCGGUCAGAGUUUUUGAUUGAAGUUUCUGGAACACUUGGUCGUAACUCCGGAUAUUCAGAUGGCGUAACAUCACUUUACUUUGUCACCAAUACCGGUGGCUAUGGACCAUAUGGAAAAGGAGGGGGGACUCGUUUCAGAAGUUCGGUGCAGAAGAAUGGUAGUAUAGUUGGCUUCUUUGUCAAUGCUAGAUCCGUGAUUGACGCAAUUGGCGUCUAUUUUAGCCCAGAGAUGGAGACAUGCAGACAGAAGGAGGAAGGAGGCUCUGGGAUUUCACUUAGUAUGGCUUACAGAGAAAGGGUGGAGAUGGAAUCAGCAUCAAAUGUCCUGGAGCAUAUAGUACUUGACCGAAGCGCGAAGCCGACUAAUCUGCCCUUAGCACUUUUAAAACACAUCACUGAGGAUUUCAAUAAUAAGAGACAAAUUGGCUGUGGUGGAUUCGGAAUCAUUUACAAGGGCAAUCUUCAAAACAGUAGUGUUGCUGUUAAAAGGAUUUUAAACUGCCAUACAAUCAACGAUGAAUCAUUUAAUCGUGAGACUACUUCUCUAAUCAGUGUAAAACACAAAAAUAUAGUACGGUUUCUGGGCUACUGUUCUAAUACGGAGAAUAAAGCGAUGAAACAUUCAGAACCAGGAGAACCUUCGAAGUAUAUUUUUGCCGAGAUGAGGGAAAGAUUACUUUGUUUCGAGUAUAUCAGUAAUGGAAGCCUUGACAGAUAUCUUACUGACGAGCUAAGGGGACUUGAAUGGCAUACGCGCUAUCAGAUAAUUCGAGGAAUCUGUGAUGGUUUGGUUUAUCUUCACACAGAAAAGGGUAUUGUUCAUAGGGACAUGAAACCUGAGAAUAUACUGCUUGAUGAUCUUAUGACACCAAAAAUUACAGAUUUUGGUAUAUCGAAACUCCUUGAUGGAGCAACACACGCCGUCACUAGUGACCCCACAGGAUCACGUGGAUAUUGUGCUCCAGAAUUCAUAGCUCGCGGUGAGGUGUCAACCAGCUCAGAUAUAUAUAGUCUGGGGGUUAUAAUCAAAGAGCUCGUGACUGGAUGUAAGGAUGAACCUGAUAUUCAAAACGUACUUAGAAAGUGGAGGUACAGAUGGAAUAAAUCAGCGAACUAUCCACCAUUUGGAUACCAACAGGUAAGUAAAUGCAUUGAAAUGGCGUUAAGGUGCUUGUCAGACUUCCCUAAGAAGAGACCUAAAAUAUCAGAUAUAGUCGGUAUGCUUAAUACAGUGGAAAGUACGAAUGAGCACAUUACCAAUGUUGGCAACUCUCUAGCUGGCCCGAUAAGCGCUUACCCGUGGGAGCUACUUGAGUUUGACUCACUCGAGCUGAAUUUCCCGUUCGAGAUAAGCAAACGGAUACCAUGCUCACUUCAGCUAACUAAUGUAACUGAUGAUUGUGUUGCCUUUCAUAUCGAAAUGACAGGCAUACUACGGUAUUGCAUUGAGCCGGAGAAAUGUGUUGUGCUACCACGAUCAAAGUGCAAUGUGAUGGUAACACUGCAAGCAUAUGAGAGGGUACUGCAUGCUAUGGUCUGCAAGGACGAGUUGUUCAUUCUGCGGUCCGCCAUCGUUAGUGACGGCCUCACGGCUGAUAUCAUUGAAGACAUAUUAAACAAGAAAUCAGGUACAGAAGUUGAUAAAGUGACGGUGAAAGUUGUUAUUAUUUUGCCCAUCGCCAUCAAUUAAGGAACCCAAAGUGUUUAUAGUGUGUAGUUAGGAGGACUUUUUUUUUGAAAAAGGAGGAACAUAAUCUCCGGCCUCUGCAUCAAUUGAUGCAUGUAAACAUAUUAUUAAUCAAAGUACAAGAACAAAGUCUUAGAUCCACAAGCAAUUCUGGUGACUGUUGGGCUAAGUCCCUUCACAUGGAGGUGUGUUGGCAGCCCAACAUCAGCCCAUAAGUCCAACACAUGUGAGGUGUUGAUCCUCGCUGCAUCCAAGUGUUGAGAGUGCUUUCAAGGAAAGGGAAGCAAGAAGAAAACCCUAGCCACUCCACCCCUGUCUGUGGUGGCUA